GAGGGAAGCUAUAAAACUAGGCUACUUCGUUAGUUGGAAAGUGAGUUUUCAAGAACCAUUACGCACUUAACCAUGGAGAAAACCGAAGUGAUGACACCAAAAAGUCUCGAUGACCUGAUCAAAUUGCUGCAUAAACUCUUUGAAAGUGACAAAAUCAAUGUGGAGGAGGUGCAACAAAUAAUGGAGGCAUAUGACAGCAAUCCACAGGAGUGGAAGAAAUUUGCAAUGUUUGACCCGACCAGGUACACAAGGAACCUGGUGGAUGAAGGGAACGGAAAGUUCAACCUCAUUUUACUCUGUUGGGGAGAGGGUCAGGGCAGCAGUAUCCAUGACCACACAGACUCUCACUGUUUCAUGAAGAUGCUGCAAGGCGAACUGAAGGAGACGUUGUUUGAAUGGCCCAAGAACAAAACACAGGAUGUUGGUGACAUGGUUCAGAAAUCUCAGAGAAUUCUGAAAGAAAACCAGUGUGCCUACAUCAAUGAUUCCCUUGGGUUGCACAGAGUAGAGAACGACAGUCACACCGAAGGUUCGGUCAGUUUGCACCUGUACAGUCCCCCCUUCGACACCUGCCAGACUUUUGACGAGCGCACAGGACACAAGAACACUGUCAAGAUGACGUUCUGGAGCAAAUUUGGAAAGAGGACUCAAUCUGAAAUGACAGUCUCACAAGAAAACAACUGAGGCGCAGAGGAAAACAAUUGAGUUUGGGAUGAUAGUGUUGUCAAAUAGAGUCAACAUGAAGCUGCAAAUAAGUAAAAUUCAUACCUAGAUAGAUAGAUAUAUAUAUAUAUAUAGGGGAUCUUAAUUUGAGCCAGUUUGCUACAGAAUGAAAAUGAUUCUGCAGUAACAUGAAAUGUGACCUAUGUACUGACACUUUUGUACUCUUACGGCAUAUGGUUGAAGUGUAUUAUGUAUGAGUUUUACACUUUUAUUGAUUUUUACAAAAAAUUGUCUUAAUUAACACUUGUCAAAAUGGUGAUGUAACAUUAUUUUUUUUUGUGCAGUUAAAUUAGUGGCAAUUUACAUUAGGAAAAUGGAAAGCUUUAUAUGGGGCAGCAGGGUAGCCUAGUGGUUAGUGUUGGACUGGUAAUUUAAUUUUACCUUUAUUUAACCAGGCAAGUCAGUUAAGAACAUAUUCUUAUUUUCAAUGACGGCCUAGGAACAGUGGGUUAACUGCCUGUUCAGGGGCAGAACGACAGAUUUGUACCUUGUCAGCUCGGGGGUUUGAACUCGCAACCUUCCGGUUACUAGUCCAACGCUCUAACCACUAGGCUACGCUGCCGUGUUUUGCUUUUUGGGAUGAGAAGGGGUGUUAAUUGGCAUUAGCUAUUUCAGUGUCACUCUUGAAUGUGUUUCAUUGUUUUAACCUCUGUAUGAGGAGACUUUCUGGACUUGUGGGUCGCGGUUGGAUUAUAAUAAAAACAAUGUUCAGAAGAACAAGGCACUCACUUUUUCCUCAGGAUUUUGCAUGUUUUAAAUGUAGAUAAAAUGAAUAAUACAGUAUAAUAUAUUGUGAAUGAUAAGCCUUGCUUUGACUGACCAUUAAAUAUUUUAAAUCAUGA